GUUCUCGGUGUAUUUUAUUGCUUUUCAAAUAGAAUGUGCGUAAAUGAAAAAACCCACGUUUUCUCUCCCUCUGGAUUUUAUUUUUGCUGGGGAGAGGCGGAGCUUAGUCUGUCUUUUAUCUAGCUGUCAGUGCAGACCAGUGUUGCCAACUUUUCAGAAAAACUUUUCAACUUUUUGAAAAAAAGAAGAAGAAGUUCCUAGCGACAAAUCUAGCGACAUUUUGGACAAACCUUACGACUUUCCCAAAUAUCACCAGUGCUGUCCUGCAAGCGCGAGGUCUUGCUUUCUCGCUGCACUCUCACCUCUCUCUGCGUCUGGUCUGUUCAGUGAGAGGCUGAGAGCCGGAGAUUUAACAAUGUCAUGGAUAACGAGACGCACACUUCGUCGCAAUUUACAUCAUUCAUAUGUGAAUGUUUUUAGAAUGUAAGACAAACGUAAUGCAAAAUGUUUUACAUGUAAAAUAGUCCACGUUAUUACAGCCUAGUUCUCUUGUUCAAAGUAGUUAUAGUUUUCAGAUAUAUUUUAGAUUAUUCAUGUUCCAUACCUGUCCUUUAUAUAGUUUUAUAAAAGUCAGAAAAGUUUUUUUUUUUAAAUCAUAAAAGUUAUGAAAAGUAAUUUAAAGUACAAAAACAGAAAAGCAAAAAAAUCUAUCUAUCUAUCUAUCUAUCUAUCUAUCUAUCUGUCAAAAACAUAAUAUAGAUUAGGUAUAUAGCCCUUGGCUUAUAUAUAGCCUUGAUUAGGUAUGGGAGCCCUUGGCUCUUAGAAGCUCUACGUAACAACCGGGCCAAACUAAGAGCAGCUGAAAGGAAAUGAUGUAAAUCUAACGAUCCGACUGACCUAACCAAUUACCAAACACUUCUCUCCUCUUUUUCCAAUAGCAUCUCCACUGCUAAAGCCACAUGCUACCAAGAGAAGAUUGGCAACUCUCCCAACACCCGUACUGUCUUCAAAACAUUUUCUUCUCUUCUCUGUCCCCCUCCUCCCCCUUCCCCUACCUCUCUUACUGUAGACGACUUUGCCACUUUCCUUUCUAACAAGGUUACAUCAAUCAGGAACCAGUUCUCAACCCCAGACAUGCAUAGACCGGCUUCUCCUCCAUGUAACUCUCAACUGGCCUCCUCUCCCCUCUCAGAGACUGAUGUCUCUAAACUCCUCCUCUCUAGCCAUCCCACAACCUGUCCUCUUGACCCUAUACCUUCUCACCUUCUUCAGUCCAUCUCUCCCACACUAUUACCUGCACUCACACACAUCUUUAAUAUAUCCCUCUCUACUGGCACAUACCCUACCUCAUUUAAGCAGACCCGGGUUACCCCACUGCUUAAAAAAAUGUCACUUAACCCUGCUGCAGUUGACAACUACAGACCUGUUUCCCUCCUCCCUUUUCUUUCCAAAAUCCUUGAAAGAGCCGUUUUUAAACAACUCUCCAAUUUUUUCACACAGAGCAACCUCCUGGACACAAAGCAAUCAUGCUCCAAAAGCAGUCACUCCACGGAAACUGCUCUGCUUUCCGUCACUGAAGCCUUACGACUAGUAAGAGCAACCUCAAGAUGAUCUGUCUUCAUCAUACUCGACCUCUCUGCUGCUUUCGACACUGUGAACCAUCAGAUCCUCCUGUCAACUCUCUCCAGCCUGGGCAUCACUGGAACGGUUCUGCGCUGGGUGGAAUCCUAUCUCUCAGAUAGAUCCUUCAAGUAUCUGUCGUUCUCUGUUGUAUGCUGUACACGGCAAUAAAACAUCCACUUUGAUAAUGUGAAAAAAAGGCCUCUACUUUCUAACACACAUCUAAGCCUAUUAUGAUCAUUCUUUCCAUUAUAUGUAAUAUGUUGCUUCAGAUCUGUCUUUUCCUGGCUUUUCUAUAGGGAUUAUUGCUGAAUGUUUCAUGCUGCUGUAAGUUUCUCCUCUGCAAAUAUUUUGUUAUAUAAUUUCAGUACACUUAAUAGUGCACAAUCUGACAGUUUCAUGCUAUAACAAAUCUUAUCCUCCCCAGGAGAUGUUUUUUGUUGUUGUUGUUUUAGCUCUUUUUAGUUCAUAUAGUGAAAAAUCUGCAUCUAGAGGACUUCCAUUUGGUUCACAAGUCUUUAGUGGAUCUGGGUUUUCUCUUUUUACUCUCUAUCUAUUCUUUUUAGCAUCUUCUGUUAGAUUAUUACUGCUAUGUAAUUUAACAAAUAUUUGUCUAGCAUCUCUGCCUUCUCUUCAUUUGAAAUUGCAAUUUCUUCUCCAUUCUUUAAAAUUGGUAUGUUAUAACUCAUGCUAAUUCCUCCCAUUCUCCUAAUCAUACCCCAAAUAUCUGAAAUUUGUAUGUCCCAUCCAAUAUUAUUACAGUACUCCGUCCAAUACUUCCUUUUCGCUGCCCUAAAAGUUUUCUUAACUAUAGUGUGUGCUCUUUUAUAAUUUACAAGAUCUGUAUAUGCUUUAUUUCUUUCUCAUAUAGCAUCUCCACAUUCUUCAUUCCACCACUGAACUGUCUUCCUUUUCCUUAUUGUUUUCUUUCCUAUAAUCUCUAAUGCUGUUUUGUGCAUUAUGUUACUUCUUUUUGUAUUAUUUUCUUCAACUCCAUCUUCCUGGUUUUCUAUUUCAGUUAUUCUCUUACUACAUAUAUAACUGAAUCCUUCCCAAUUUGUGUCCCUUAAUUUGCAUCUUUCUAAAUUUACUUGCCCUGUUUUUUGAAAUUUUAAUCCUAUUCUAUAUCUUAUUGGAUAAUGAUCACUCCCUAGUGUUGAUUCCUUUAGGACGUUCCAUGUACUUACUGUAUAUUUGCCAUAUUUUCUGAUACUAGAGUAAGAUCUAGUACUGACUCCUGGCCAUUACUAAUGUUCACUCUUGUUACAGUGCCAUCAUUAAUACACACCAACCCGUUUUCAUUCAAUAUUUCUUCGAUUAUAUUACCAUUAAAAUCUGUAUUCUUACUUUCCCAUAAAGUGCUAUGGCUAUUAAAGUCACCACACUAUUUUUUCUCACCACAUAUUCUACCAACUCUUCACAUUUUUCUUUUUGUAUUUUCUUACAUACGUUAUAUAAAUUAAUCACCUUAAUGCUACCUUUAUCUGUCCAGAUUUCUACAAUAACUGCUUCUAUUUCAUUACUACUUAUUACUCUAUACCUCAAACUUUGUUCAAUGAAUGUUACCACUCCUCCUCCAGUUCCUAUCUUCCUAUCUUUGCGUACUCUUUCAUACCCUUGUAUUUUAAAAUCUAGAUGUGGUUUUAACCACGUUUCUUUUAAACAUAUAACCUUUGGUUUUUCUUGUAAAAUCAUCAAUAUACUUUUUAAAUUAUUGUCCAUUUGCUAGCAUACUCCUUGCAUUCCACUGUAUUAUAUCAAAUACCAUUAUAUGCUUUCCCCAGUGCCUUGGGGACCACCUACAAGUGCCUCCUUAACUGACUCUAUUGUUGUUACUUUUAUGUCCAGGUACUUUUUUUGCUGCUCUGAUUAUUAUUUUAAUCCUUUCUGUUCUACUUGAUGUUUAUGCUGAACAAUUAGUCCCCUCUGCUAUAAAUAUUAUAAACUUCACUUUAUCUACCACUCAUGAAUCCUUAUUGAUUUGGCACUGAUCCUUUUGUUUUUGAGCUGUCAUAUUUGUGGGCUUCUUGUUCACAUUUGUCAUUUGAUUAUUUUUUACUGUUUUAAUAGCUUCCACAUACUGUAUGUUAUCCCUUCUGUCAUUUUGACAUUCUGUACUUUUUGACAUAUUGCUCUUUUCCUUACUUCACAUCCUCCAUAGGCCACGCUAUGCUCUCACCCACGCUAUGCUCUCAUGCUAUGCAUCUACCACAACUUUGUCUACCUGUGCACACAGCAGACACAUGCCCAUAUCUUUGGCAUUUAUAGCAUCUCAAAGGAGGCAGUAUAUACUCUCUUACACUAUAGCUCAUGAAUCCAACCAUCACUCUAGUUGGUAUUCCUUCUUCUUCAAACUGCAUCAUUACUGAUUGCCUAAAACGUGUUCGUAUUGUAAACUUUUGUUGAUCACAGAGCUUAUUUUUUGCAAUAAUCCAAAAGCCUAUGUGAAAAUCCUAUUGGGUUUUUGUCGCAGGAACCAGUAUGGUGCUAAAUUCCGGGUAUAAAAUGACGUCCUAGGAUCUGAUCCAUAUUCGGCCGCCUCAACCAGUUGAACUCUUCAUUGUAGUGAGACUUUGCUACAUUCCUGUACCACUCUAUAGCCUGAAACUUUAGGCUAUUUAACAAUACAUGAAACCUCUUUAUUUUUUAGUGUUUGUCCUUUUGUGGGCUAUGAUCAAGUAAUAAAUGUCAGAAUUAUGGUCAGUGAAUUAAAUGAUAUGUUGAUAUCAUGAUUUGCAUUGACAUGAUUUGAUAUGUCUAUAUCUAUGGGAUGGUGGUGCAGAUGCCCUGUCGUGACUGUGCUAUUACCCUGUGUUAUAAUUACCAUGUUAUAAUGGUCUUAUUACAAUACAUCAUUAUUCCAGUGUUAUUACACUGUACAAUGUUAUAUCAGUCAAAAACUGUUAUUACAAUAUUAUCAUUAUGACCAUAUCAUUGUAUACCACUGUUCUAAUACAAUGCAUUGUUUUUACAAUGUUAUACCAGUGUUAUUGCAAUGCAUUGUUUUUAAAACUGUUAUUAGCAUAGUAUAUAUAGUGUUAGUAAAAUAAUGUUAGUGAAAUACACCAUCUUACAUUGUAUUGCAAUGUUAUCAUUGUGUCAUAACUCUGUUAUAACAAUACACUAUUAUUGCCAUAUAACUGUUAUUAUCCUAUAUUGUUAUUGCCAUAGAAGCUCAUUAAAAUGUUAUAACUGUUAUUACCAUACAGUAGAUGGAAUUACCACAUUAUAACUGUCCUAUUACAGUCACGAGUUCAGAAGCUCCAAGCAGAAGUAGAAUCAGGCAAAUGUGGAAUAUCAGAGGAGCCACAGCAGUAGAUGUGUGUCAGGAUCAGACACUGGCAGAACAUCAGGCACCAAGAGUACACAUACAGCUUGUCAGAGAAAGAUAUUUAUGAACAUUCUUAAUCCUACAGUGAUUAUAUUCUCUUGAAUUAUUUCCACCCACCUCUGCUUUUUGGCUAUGUAAUAGUCCACAACUUCAUUACUAUUUUAACAUCAUUUAUAUUGAAUACUAUAUUCAAUAUCAUAUUAUAGGAAUCCUAAGAAUCAUACUCUUAUAGAAUAACAGUUACAAAGUAACAAAGAAACAAUUGUUGCGUGUUCAGUGGACUGUACACUUUUAAACAUUCCAGUGAUUAACUAGUAGCAAAUUGCCUGAAUUAGGACACAAGUGUUGGUGUUAGAUCAGUGUCAACUGAUCACAAGGAAUUGCUUGUUGUAUUGGUGGUGUCCUUUUAUGUUGUCUUUAUUUUGUUGCAACUAAGUUAUUCCUCCUCCUCUUCUUCUUCUUCUUCUUCUUCUUAUUAUUAUUAUUAUAGUAAUAAGGAAAUGGAUAAGGCUGGAAGAGCCAGAUAGAUGAAAGAAGGGGAGGGAGGAGUUGUGAAGUGGCCCUUUGUUAAAUAGAUGUCAUACACAGUCCCGAAUCCAUUCGGCUGCGUGGUGUGUGAGACUGCCAUCGACUGGCAUGGAAACUAAAAUAAUUUAUUUUACAGUAAAUGGAAGACCAGAGCAGGCUGAGUUUCCUAUCGACUGCCCUGCACAAGAUGUCAAAGAUCUGUUCCGAUCGGCAGCUGAAGCUGGUCCGCAUGAUAUCCUAAAACUCUACAAUCCCAAGGGCAACAUAAUUAAUAUCUCCCCUCAGCUGAGCCCCAACAGCCCUCACGCAUGCUACAAGCUGGAGGUGGUUGCUGCAGACUACAACAGUGAGCCAUUAGGUACAGAGCUGUCGGUGUCACUGGGCUUUGAUCUUUCCUCCAUGGAGAAAAGGUUACAAAGUCUAGAGAAGAAGAUUCUUGUUGAAUCUGGCAAGACACCAGCUGUUGUUUAUGAGAUGAAGCAACAGGUGGAGUCUUUCAGGGAAAAACUCGAGAGUGUGGAGCACCUGAGCUGGCUGGGUCUGUUUAAGGAAAUGUCCGAGGGUACUCACAAACCCUCUCCAUUCUACCACAAGAGAACACUGCGCAAGACACGUGAAGAGUGUGAACAUGUCAAAGAAAAGUUCUUCCAGAUGAGUACCCUGGAGGUCUCCGAGGAGGUGAGGCAAUACCUUAAAACACCAACCUUCGAUAACUGGCAGUGGGAAGAUGCUGAGAUUAUGGUGUUGCUCCAGGUGAUGUACACAGACCUGGAGUUUAUCUCUACCUUUAACAUAGAGCUGGAUGUGCUGCAGCAUUUCCUCUAUGAAGUCUACAAGCGCUACAACAACAUCCCUUUCCACAACUUCAAGCACUGCUUCUGUGUCACUCAAAUGAUGUAUGGCCUGAUAUGGUUAACAGAUCUGAGGGCUAAGAUAGAUAGCAUCGACCUCUUAAUCAUGCUGACCUCAGCUGUAUGUCAUGAUUUAGACCACACCGGCUACAACAAUGCUUACCAGAUUAAUGCUCGCACUGAACUCGCCUUGAGGUACAAUGACAUCUCUCCUUUGGAAAAUCAUCACUGUGCUGUAGCAUUUGAGAUACUGGAAAAGACCGAAAGCAACAUUUUCCGGAACCUGACAACAGAUCAGUACAAGAGGAUAAGGGAGGGCAUAAUUAAGUGUAUCCUGGCCACAGACAUGAGUAGGCACACUGAGAUCCUCAACAAGUUUAAAGCCAUCCUGCCUGUGUUUGACUUCAGCAACAAGGAUCACAGGGAUGUGCUGAUGAUGAUUAUGAUCAAAGUGAGUGACAUCUCUAAUGAAGCGAGGCCCAUGGACGUGGCUGAACCAUGGCUGGACUGCUUGUUGCAGGAGUUUUUCAACCAGAGUGACAUGGAGAAGCUAGAGGGACUUCCUGUCACACCAUUUAUGGACCGGGACAAGGUGACUAAGCCCUCCUCUCAGACUGGCUUCAUUCGCUUUGUUCUCUUCCCGCUGUUCAUCGAGCUAGCUAAUCUCUUCCCCUGUCUCGAGCAACAUAUCAUUGACCCGGUGAGGAAAGCCCUGGAUUACUACACGGAGAUGGAGAAAGCAUUAGAAAAAGAGAAGCAGAAUCGAGCCCAGAGUGAAAAAACAACAAAGCCCAAAGAGAGUACAAACGACUCUGAGCUUCCACUAGAGCCUGAACUGACACUGAAACCAAGCUCUGUGUAAUGACAACAUGCUGGCUGUGUGUAAUAACGGGAGAGAAUACUAUAGUUUUACUGAAUAAUGGGCUUCCUUUUUAAACAUUACAUAAAAGCAACAACAAUAAAUAAAUAAAAACAAAUAAGAGGUUUAAUAGUAUUUGUUUCAGACCCUGUUAGACAGCUGUGAUGAACAUGCUAUUCUGUCUGAGGAAAGGACUAUUUUGUAAACUGUUUGCGGUGUGAAGGUUUUUAAAUUUAUUUCCUUUAAAUUUCAAAAGGAUCUUUAAUUUAGAAUAUUGGUACUGCGAAAUUAAUUUAAGUGAAGUGACAGAAUGACUUCUGAGUCCAUUCAGGAAGUGUACAGUGUGCUGUUAGUAUAUUUAACCAAAAAACAGACUUGUGUGAGGGUGUAGUAUUCAGCAGGGAAGCCCAUAAAAUGUUAUUACUUUACAGGAUAAUAUAAUGUAAUAAAUCGUCAUAUACAGUGUAUAACUGAAUGUCUUUUAAGAACAUGCACUGAACAUGUACAUAGAAAAGUAGUGAUAACAUCACUUUUGCAUCUGUCAAUAUAAUUACUAAAGUGCACCUAUUAUGGUUUUUUAGAUAUUACCUUUCAUGUAGUGUGUUAUAGAGCUGUUUGUGAAUGUAAAAAGUCUGCAAAGUUUCAAAACUCAAAAUGCACUACGCACAGAGUUAUUGACUCCCAAAAGAAGGAAGCGAUUUUGAACAGCUGAAACGAGUCGUUAGUAAAUCCAGACUUACUUCCUGUACUAACCUACGUAGGUACGUAACAAAAAGCCCCGCCUCUGGUCUUCAGCAGCUGCUCGCGAACAUAUGGAGCUGAAACUCGUUAUGGUAGUGGGCGUUUCCUUUUUGAAACACGCUGACAGCGGUAGACCAAUCACAACAGACUGGGACAUCUGACCAAGCAGAGUAGAGCAGAGUUUAGAAGGAAUCCUUUAGAACAGAUCAUUUAACGAGUCGUUUUUGACACUGGGGAAAAAAAAGGUAAUGUUCCAGUUUAAAUUAUGAGCGUGUUAAAGUGUUUUUUGACCUUGGUGCAUGUAAAUCUAUUGUAUGAGACCUUUAAAACAAAAUUUGGGAUGUUUCAAAACCAUAAUAAAUGCAU